AAAAAAAACUUAGACUGCUUAAAAAAAUCAACACUAAAAAAUUAUAAUUAACAUGAUUUGUUUAUAGCUGGUGGUGCUUUAAAAAAGAUCAAUUGUGAAAUAGUUGACAGAACAGUCGAGUGACGCUAUUUUUCUUUAUUUAUGUUUUGCUUUCGCAAGAGGGCGCCAGUAAUACGCUAAUGUUUUAAUAUUUAUUUUUGCAAUGAAUGUGUGAAUGUUUACACCAAUGUAGCUAAACCGUCAUACUAUGGAGACUGAAAGAAGUAAUUCACUGUUUUGCAGCCCUACAAAUAAGAGACAAGAUUUGCAGCCUGCCUUACAGCAAGAAGAAACCAGAUAAUAUUGUGAGGGGCCAGUAGUUUGCCAAGAGCCGCUGCAGAGCUCCUGGGUGUAAGAGGCGACUGGUUUGGGAUUGGAUGGACACUCACUCAGUUCUUCUGAGGUGUUGAGGGGUGUUCCUGCGAUGAGGGGACAUAAUUGGACAUUCUAGAUUGGUUUCGCUUCCAGUUGCACCAAUGCCACAGUUUGAAGAGGAGAUUUUGUUUAAAGAGUAUGUAAAGAUGAUGAUGGAUAUGAUCAUUUUGUGCUUCACUUUGGCAAUCUCCUUGUCAUUCUGGAUAGUCUCGCUUACUGCUAGUACGUAUUAUGGUACUUUACAUCCUGUCUCCCCAUGGCGUUGGCUAUUCUCAGUACUGGUUCCCCUCAUCCUUACCUCGCGUAGUCUCAGAAGGAAAAGCCUUGACCGCAGCGGAGCGUUGGGAGCGAUUGUGGUCGGAUUCAUUCUUACCAUGGCUAACAUGAGCUUCUUUGCUUCCUUGCUGGCAUUCUUCUUAACAUCUUCCAGACUAACAAAAUGGAAGGGGGAGGUGAAGAAGCGUAUUGACGCAGAUUAUAAAGAAGGUGGUCAGAGGAAUUGGGUGCAGGUGUUCUGUAAUGGAGGCGUCCCUACAGAACUUGCUCUGCUGUACAUGAUUGAAACUGGCCCUGGGGAGAUUCCGGUGGACUUUGGGAAGCAGUACAGUGCAACAUGGAUGUGCUUAUCCCUCUUGGGUGCCUUGGCCUGCAGUGCUGGGGACACGUGGGCCUCUGAAAUAGCACCUGUCCUUAGUCCGAGUUCACCAAGAUUAAUAACGACAUGGAGGGAAGUCCCAGUGGGUACGAAUGGGGGGGUCACUCCAGUGGGUCUUCUUGCCAGUCUCCUGGGUGGAAUGGUGGUGGGACUGGCUUACUUUGUCAGUCAGCUGCUCUUUGUGAAGGAUCUGAACCUCGCUGCUCCACAGUGGCCCAUUGUUGUGUAUGGUGCCAUGGCAGGAUUACUGGGGUCAUUGCUGGAUUCUUACAUAGGUGCCACUAUGCAAUAUUCAGGUUAUGAUAAAGGCAAGGUUGUGAACCACCAAACAAACUCUUCACAACGGAUAUGUGGAAAACCUAUUCUGGACAACAAUGCUGUGAACCUGUUUUCUUCCAUACUGAUCGCGCUGAUACUGCCUGGAAUGGCCUGGGGGUUUUGGCCAGUGCAGUAGAUACUUUUGCACUGGGGGAAAAAAAGCAAAUGCUCUGUUUGUCCAACCAGACAGUGGGAUACAAGAAACAGGGCUCUGUAGUAAUUGAUUCACUCAAGUCUUCAUUUUUCAUUCUGGCUUUUUCUUAUGUUUUUAAUUUUACAGUAUUAUGUUAUUUUUUUAAGAGUGAAAACUAUUGGCCCAAUCCCCAAAGCAUUGACUCAUGACAUGUUUUGUUGUUUUGUUUUCUAAAGUGUAUUGAUAAGUUAUUGGCAAAAGCAACAGCAGCCUAGAACAGCUUGAUCAAUACAUUUUGGUUUUUUUUUGUCCGAUCAAAACAGUCAAAUAACAAGUUAUUUGUAACUCUAGGUCACUUAUCUAAGCGGUUCAAAUUUGAAAGUCAGCUGUUUCUCUUUUUCAAGGGAGUCUUCUUGUAUGAGUAAUUAAAUGCCACGUCGCAUCAUGUUUUAACCUGCUAGAAACAGAAAAGAUCAGAGAACCUUGAAACUGUUUACAAUAAAGUAUGAAACUCAA